GCAGGUGUCAGUUUACUGCAGGGGGCGGGGCUUCGUGUUGCUCAACAUGGCUGCGCCCUGAUCGGAUCAACAGGUCUGAAGGUGCUCUCUCAGGUGUUCACCAUGUCCAGGGAGCAGGUGAGUAUCAGUGAGCUCCUGCUCUCAUUGGACAGUUCAGAGCUGCAAGAGGUGGAGCAAGUUAGAGCGGCAGUCAACCAGCAGCUGAGUACAGACAGAGGAGGUGCCGUCCUGUCCUCUCUGGUGGAGUAUUAUCUGGACUCUUCGUCCUCUCAGGCCGUGCUCCUCCUGUCCUCCAUCAGAGAGCCUCAUCACAAGCCCCUGCUGGAGAAGCUGAAUGAGUCUCUGAACAGACCAGGGACCAGACUGGCUGGUCUCACCCUGCUGGGUCACCUGAUCCGGAAACAGCCUCCAUGGGUUCAUCAUAUCAGCCGCUCAGCCCUGCUGCCGUCCCUGCUGCGCUGCCUGAAGACGGACGGUGAUGUGGUGGUCCUGAUCAGCGCAGUCCUGGUCCUCAUCACUCUGUUACCCAUGAUCCCUCAAGCUGGGAAGCAACACAUCUACGACUUCUUUGACGUGUUCGGACGCCUUGCGUCCUGGAGCUACAGAAACCCCGGUCAUGUACCUGUUGUCCACCUAGUCCACCUCCACGCAGGUGUGUACUCUCUGUUCCACCGUCUGUACGGGAUGUUCCCCUGUAACUUCAUCUCCUACCUGAGGCUCCACUACAGCAUGAAGGAGAACCUGGACACCUUCCAGGAGAUCGUCAAGCCCAUGUUGGAACAGGUCAGGGUUCAUCCUGAGCUGGUCACAGGGACUCAGGACUAUGAGCUGGACCCUUCCAGGUGGAGGUGUUACGAAGUCCAUGACAUUGUGAUAGAGUGCUCCAGAGUGUCUCUGGACCCUCUGGAGUCUUCCUGUGAGGAGGACAUUUACUCCUCCCUGAGAGACCCCCCUUCUUCCUCCUCUUCCUCACCCAGACCUCCCCCACAGUCCUUCCCUCAGCCUGUCCUGGACGUGACCAGCAGCCCUCACAGCACAGAGACCGUCAGCAGCUCAGGAAGUUCGGUCCGUCCUUUGCUGUCUGGAUGUCUGACUCUGCCCCAGCUGACGUUCAACACGUCCUGCUCUCAGGCUGAGGACGUCACAUGGAGCCCGUCGUCUCACUGUGGUUUGUCCACGCCCCCACCUGAACCUGCUGCUACAGGCUCCGCCCAUCCCCUGAGCAGAACCACCUCUAUCUCAGGUGUGAAAUGUCCCUCAGCAGCCUCCGUCCCUGUAACACCACUGACUGAAGAGAAGUACGAUGGAGGCGUACCUCCUGACAACAACAACCAGGUGAAGCAGCAGCCAAUCACAGAGCUGGAGGAGAGAGGCCAGAGUGAUGUCAUCAGCAGCAGCAGUGAAGAGGUCAGAUCGGAGGAGUCCCAGCCUGUCCGCUCCUCCUCCUCCAUCUCCUCACAGCCCGUCCUCUUCACCUCCACCCCCAACAGGGACGAGUUGUCCUCAGGUUCAUCUCUCACCCGUCCUCCCUCCUCCAUCUCACUCUGCUUCACCCCCCCUCACCCCUCCACCACCUCCACCCACAGAUCAGAGGAGGGAGACCCUGCCCUGUUUGGCCCCUCCCACUCCGAUCAAAGUCCCGCCCCUCCAUAUGAACCCCUGUUUGAGCUGGCUCUGCCUCGAGCCGCCACCCUCUUCAUCGGGAGGAAGACACAGGAGGUGCUAGAGAGAGCAAGAGAGAAAGGAGUGGGAGGAGGAGUGGAGGGGGAGGACAGGGAGGAGGAUCAGACCUCCGUCUCCCCUCUGGAGGUUCUGGACCAGCUGAUUGUCCACGGACACGACGCCCACGAACGCCUCACCAGGAGGUUGUCAGCAGUGAAUAAGUCAGUGGAUCGGAGUCAUUUUGGAGGUAAACAGCAGAGCAUGAAAACCAAAGGCCCGGGUCUGGGGGAGGAGCUUCAGUCUGUCAGGAGUCAGCUGUUGCUGAUCCACAGUCAGCUUCAGUACGAACGUUUCAAACGGCAGCAACACGCCGUCAGAAACCGCCGUCUGCUGCGGAGAGUCAUCAACGCCACUGCGCUGGAGGAGCACAGCGUCGCCAUGAAGGCCCAGCUGUCCGUUCAGGACGAGGAGAUUCGGUCUCUGAAGUUGAGUCUGGAGGAAGAACAAAGACGAUACACACAAAUGCAGCAGGAAACACAGACACACACCAACCAGCUACACACACACAUCCAACAACUGCUGCUACAACAGCAGGACGAGCAGAGGGACAACCAGAGACUGCAGAGUGAGCUUCAGGAGUGUCAGAGCAGGCUGAGAGAUCUGGAGGCGGAGCUUCAGAGAGCCAAUAACAAGGCUUACAACGCUGAGCGCCAGCUGACCCAGCUGUCGCUGAAGCUGUGCAGCAGCGAGCAGCUGCAGCAGCAGAUCUUCCUGCUGAACCAGCAGCUCGUCCUGCUGAGGGAAGCUAACAGAGCUCUGACCGAACAGCUGGAGGGAGGGGAGGCCGAGCACUGGACUGAGGCGUCCAUGCUGCAGUGCAGUGUGGGUAAGGACUACCAGCGUCUGAGAGACAGUGAGGUCCAGCAGAGACAGAAGUUGGAGGCAGCCAAUCACAGGAUAGCAGAACUUGAGAACCAGCUGGCCAAGAAAGAGCAGCUGAUCCUGGAUCAAAAGAAGCUUCUGGAGGACACCAAGGCCCAGAGCAGAGCUGAGCUGUCGGCCUGCGAGAGUCGCUGCGUCGCCCUGAGGAGGGUCGUCCAGAACCUGCAGACCGAGAUGCUGCACCUGUACAGCCAGAUCCACCUGGACACGCUCAGCCAGCCUCAGGACAUCAGCGGCAGGCCAAAUGGUGGCAGUGUCACCUCACCUGCUGCUCAGGGGAACCUCAGGCCCCGCCCCUCCUCCUCUGUCAGUAUAGUAAAUGGAGCUGUGGAGGUUCUCUCCACCUCCCCCCUGCACCUCCCCUCCUGCUCCUCCUCCCCUCUCUCCCUGUCCCCCAUCGAUUCCCCCCUUGCCGUCGGCUCGUUCUUGGAGCAGCGAGCGCGGCAGCUGUUCGGACCGACCAAUCACAGCCAGGAAGAGGAGGAGCCACAGGAAGAGGAGGAGCAGGAGGACGAAGAGGCCCAGCCAGAGAGCCCUCCUCUGGGUCAGGAGGCAGAGGAGACCACCCUCCUCUCAGGGAGCCCCGAGACGGAGCCUACUGCAGCUCCCAGCCUCCCUACCUCUAAACCUCCGGCCCCCGCUCCAGGUCCUGCCCCCCUUGCAGACCUGACCCUCGCUGUUAGACAGAGGAGACACGAGCUGAGCAUCAUGGACUACGACGAGACACUGCCAGAGUACUGAUGGAUCAGAGAGCGGCAGCAGCAGACCAGCUGGGACUGGGCAGGUUCACCUGUGUUUGCUCACAUGUUCAGUCUGAGCUUUAAAAACAUCUGUCUGAGGCGUAACAGCAGCCGAGGAUCAAACCCACGGUGAAACGCUGAUCAAGAUGAAGAAACAUCAGGAAACCGAACCUUCCUCACAUCAACACAUCAGUCAGGUUUCAUCGUUCUCCACCACGUUCUCCAUCGUCUGAGCUUCGACUGCAGCUCAUGGAGUCACUCAGCAGCAGAGCAGGGAAACAGACGUCACUCAGGGCCUUUGCCGCAUCAGGACCUUCAGUCGCCCUCAAAGAGAAAAAUAAUAAACCGUAUUAAUGUGCAAAAAAAAACAAGGGGAGGAACAGGAAUUCUGUUGUUUAAGAGUUUCAGCCUUGAAAACAUGGUUCACAUCAGCUUCCAGGUCAUGUGACGUGAAUGCUGAUGUCCAUCUGAGCCGUUUCCAAAUGUUCAACCAUUCAGAAUAAACUGACGGCUUCAGAGUGAUGAAGCUGACAGUCGGACUCAGUCCUGAUCUGAGUCACUGGCUUUUCUUUCUGCUGGGCAGCAACUCAGCACAGCAACUGUUCCUCAGCAGUGUUGCUGUAUUCACCUCAGGAACGUUGCUCUGCGUCUGAGCUUGUUGCCAGCAGCUGUUUCCCUGAGUGUCGCCAGCUCCAAGAGACGGAUGUUAAAACUGUGAACACUAAAAAUAAAGACUUUCAAACC